CGACAAUGAAGGCCCUUCUCUAAAUAUCUAUGGUCUAACUUUCUACGUAAAGCAUCAUAGAGAUCUAGAGACUUCGACGACCUUAGGUAGGUUGAUUGGCUAAGUGACCUUUACGUUCAAGUUUUAGCAGAAGGACUUCAGUGUUCCGCGAGCGACCAUGUCUCUCUCAUCGAGUUCUACUGUAAACAAGGCUGACGAUGCCAACUCCUCUGCGCGAAGCUGCGUGGCUGAGAGACGAAAAUGCCGGUUUCGCUUGAUUACGGCCUUCUCGGAGGAUAACGGGUAUGGCGCGAUCGGAGACCUCUGCGCAAACAGCAAUGCGAUUUAUGCAGCGCGUCAUGGCUACGGUUGGGAAGCGCAUGUGAAGAGCCACAGUGAGAUGAUGCGCGUUGUGGGCGCGAGGGGACACCCAACGUGGUAUAAAGUAGCGCUUUUUCUAGACUGGCUUGGCGAAGAUGUAGCGGCUUUAUCGGACGGCGCGGUUCAACUUGAAGAUAGGAUGUUAGCGGGAGAAGUACUACAUGAAGGAAAUGUUGAUCGUGAUAAGAUGAGGGCGUUGAGGUUUGGUGAAGAUCAUUGUCAUGUCCCGAGUGAGAAUGCAGGUGGCGGCGGUAGCGGACAAUCUUUAGAUGAAGAUCAAGAUGGAGAUGAACAGGUCAUUGAGUAUCUCGUUUGGAUUGAUGCCGAUGCUGUAAUCGUGAAUAUGGAGCAGACCUUCGAAGCUGUGGCUGAGAUGGGCCGCUACAAGGACUUGAUCAUCGCAGAGGACAUGCAUUGCGGCAAUUUAGUCAACUGCGGCAUCAUCCUCAUAAGAAAGAGCGCUUGGUCACGGGAGCUGUGGCGUGGCGUGUGGACGGUGAAGACGACACGGACGCGUACGACGAAAAUACGAGUGAAAGAAGGGGAAGCAGUUCCUUUUCUAGAAAAUAGUCCUACUGGGCUAGAUGAGUCGUCGUGUAGCCCGUCGACCUCGAGUACCAGAUUACCAUCCGAAGUCGAAUCUUUAUCAUGUACCGCAGACUCUACUACCUCUGGUGCGGUCAAGAUACAGGAAGUUGUAGAACCGGAAAUAAAUAAUAGGAGUGAGGUCGUUAGACCAGAAGGAGAUGCGCCAGACUACAGAGCUGCAGAAGCCCCGCCUGUCGUGAUCCGUGAGCUUGCUCAAAGGAAUGAUCGCAGGAGUAGGAAAGCAGCUAAAGCCGGUGCUCCUUAUCGGGUGUAUCUUCAAACGACAAAGGAGUGGACUUAUUUCGACCGGCCUUUUUAUGAGCAGACUGCCUUACAAAAGAUGUUGAAGAAGUUGAACCAGUUCGAAGCUUUUUUUGACGGCAAGAGCGAGAAAAGCAAAAAGGGGGCUAACAUUGAGGACAAAUGGAAGGGCUGGCACACCUUUUGCUCACCCUCAAAUUGGCCCGCGGACCUGGCCGAGAUACAAAAAGCAAGUGCGGGACGACAUCAAAGGCAGACUGCAUCAAACACAGACACCACUAGUGUGGGUGUUAAAAAUGUACCUGUAGACCUCGAAAAUAAGGGUCAUCUUCCUCUUCAAGACUACCCAUCGCAAAUGAAAGAGACAACUUCUUCAACACCUCCUGGACCCAAGUUUUUUCCGAAUGUUUGUGUCCUGCCGAUGCACAUAUUGAACAGCAAUAUUACCGACUCAGCCAUGGAAACUUUGUACGAGGGAAAGCAGCCGAAGGGCACGUCUUUCCGCUUUGUGAACGGAACUCGGAACUAUCAUCGUAGGGCCGACUUCAUUUUCCAUGCUGCGGGAGCCGGGGCAAGUUCCAAAGUGCAACUAAUAACAGAAAUGCUGAAAUCACGGGUAGUUCUGUGACUUGUUGAUGCAACUUGCAACUCUUUAUUAGACAGUCUCGUCGGGAGAUUUUUGAUGCUUUUGACAAAAAUGAAAUGAAAUAGCUACUAGUAUG